AUGGGAAAGUCACGCUUUGUGUGUGAGUACUGUAACAAGUCUUUCAAAGACUCGCACGAGGCACGGCAACGACACAACCGUGGACGGAACCAUAAGGCUAACGUUAAGCUCUGGUACGACAGCUUUGCAGAUCAUGAAAGACAUGCGUCUGCUGCUACAUCAGUAAGUUCUGGUCACACAUUACGCGCAUGGACACCAGUGAAUCCCCCAUCAGCAGAACUCGACCAAAGAGCGAUACUUGACAUGCAAAAUCUGCCGCCGUCGAUGCACCCUGCUCCACCUGGUGCCUUUUACUACUGUCAAGCCGAUUGGGGCUAA